AUGGGACAUGAUUGGAGUGUGUUUGGUACACGCAAUGGCACACACUCUGUAAUCUCUGCAAAGCCUGGAUUCGUGCACCUGCGAUUUAUCGUCGAUAAGCAUAACUUGAAUAGGCAGGGCUCUCUAAACGGCGGCUGUAUUGCUUCUUUGAUCGACAGCGCUGGCUCGUUGGCUGUGUCCUCUCAUGGUCUCUACUUCACCGGUGUAUCCACUGACAUGAGCCAAACAUUCGUCAAGCCAAUCCCAUAUGAUCAACCCGUUGAGAUAUACGCAACUGCUGCUAGCCUCGGCCACACAAAAUACAUUGCAAACAGUCAAGGCCAAGAGGGUAACGUAAAGUUUAGUGAGGAUGGUGAGAGUACUUUGUAA